AUGGCUUCCACAACCGCUCCCUACACCCCACAGGACCCUGUCGAGGUCACAAACGUAAUCAACAACCUCCGCAGCGCCUCCAAACAGGCCAAAUGCAGCUACUCCUGCAAGCAAUCCACAUUCCCCAUCACCGGCACCAACGGCAUCUCGGUCGACUCAUGGAAGUUCCGGGACUGGGACUACAAGAGGCGGGACCUGCCCACGUACGCGCGCGGGCUCUUCACCUACUGCCACCCGAGCAACAACACCGACGAGAUCGUCAUCCGCGGCUACGACAAGUUCUUCAACAUCGGCGAGGUCACGCGCACAAAGUGGGAGUGGAUCGAGGAGAACACGAAGGGGCCCUACGAGGUCACCGUCAAGGAGAACGGAUGCAUCAUCUUCAUCAGUGGGCUGCCGGACGGGAAUCUGCUGGUCUGUAGCAAGCACUCGACGGGGGCGAGGGACGAUGCGGAUCUCUCGCAUGCGGUGGCUGGCGAGAAGUGGGUGGAUAAACAUCUGGCGAGCGUGGGUAAGACGAGGAAGGAUCUGGCGAAGGCGCUGAGGGAUGCGAAUGCUACGGCGGUGGCGGAGUUGUGUGACGAUAGCUUCGAGGAGCAUAUUCUGGCCUAUGAGGGCGACAGAGCGGGGUUGUACCUCCACGGGAUCAACCUGAACCUCCCGGAGUUUGCAACAUACCCGGCGGCGGAGGUUAAGGCGUUUGCGGACAACUGGGGGUUCAAGAUGAUUGACUUUUUCACAAAGCAGGAUGUGGGGAGCUUAAAGAAGUUUUUGGAGGAGGCUGCGGAGACAGGGUCGUGGGAUGGAAAGGACGUGGAGGGCUUUGUGAUCCGUUGCAAGGCCCGCGUGGGCCCCGAGCAUGAGAACUUCCCGGACUGGUUCUUCAAGUACAAAUUCGAUGAGCCGUACCUUAUGUAUCGUCAAUGGCGGGAGUGUACAAAGCAGAUGAUCAGGGGCAAGGCUCCCAGGAUCAGGGACCAUGAGAAGGUCACAAAGCAGUAUCUUUCCUUCGCGGCAGAGUACUUCAAGAAGAACCCCGAGGCGCAGAAGAAGUAUGAGGAAAACCAUGGUAUCAUCAGCCUCCGGAACGCAUUCCUUGCUCACCAAGGCAUCAAGGGAAGCGAUAUUAUCAGACAGGAGGCGGAGGACAAAAAGGCCGAACGAGAAAGCAUCACAUCAAAUCUCUGUCUUGUCCCCAUUGCGACCAUUGGCUGCGGGAAAACCACCGUAGCUGUAGCGCUCUCAAAACUGUUCGGAUGGGGCCAUAUCCAGAACGACAACAUCGUCGGGAGGGGGAACCGUGGGGCCAGAUUUGCGUCCGCAAUCUCAAUGGAGUUCCUUAAGAAGUCGGUUGUCAUCGCCGACAGGAACAACCACCAGAAAAGAGAGCGGGACCAGAUCUUUAACGAUGUUACUGGCGCCACUCCUGCUGCACGCUAUGUCGCUAUACACUAUGUCCAUGACCGUCCCGAAAUGGAUCCUCGGGAUCUCAAGAGGCGCAUUAAGGCUACUACAGCAGACCGUGUUCUUAACCGCGGGGAUAACCACCAGACCAUUGAUGCAAAAAAGCUUCCUAGGCGAGAGCUGGAUGGUAUCAUGCAGGGCUUCCUCGACCGAUUCGAACCCCUCGAUACCCAAUCUCCCCCAGAUGACCAGUUUGAUUCUUACAUUGACCUCGACCCCGAAGUUGAGUCGAGGACUAAUCUGGAGAUUGUUGUCAAGUUCCUGAAAGAGACGUACCCAAAAAUCAUUGACAAGCUCCCCACCUCCGAAGAAUACGACGCGGCUAUCCAGUCUGCGAUGAAGGAGUACUCUGUUGAUCGCCCCAAACAACAGCAGCAGCAGCAGGCCCAGAAGAACCCGAGGCAGAACCAGUGGCAGACUCAGAAAAACCAGCAGGCCCCUCCAAAGAAGAAAGCAAAACCGAUCGAUUACUAUUGCAUCAACGUCCCCGCCGCCCAGAUCAACACGAUCGUUGGAAACGCCUUUGCAAUAUACUCGGACGCCGGCGGCGACGACUCGUUCUACAAGUCCCUCUGCAGCAAGGGCCGUAUCCAGCCGACAUUUCACGUCACCUUGGUCCACCGCGCAAACGCCAGCAGAGACCCGCAAGUGUGGGAUGCGUAUGAGAAGAAGCUCGCAGAGUGCCCGGAGCGCGGUAAUAUGGGUGUUGCGAAGGUUACGCUCGAUAAGAUUGUCUGGAACGGGAGGACGAUGGCGAUUACGGUCAGCAUUCCGGAUCAGUCGAUUGAGACUUCGAAUCCGAUCAAUCAUAUUACGCUGGGAACGUCCUCGCAGGCGGUUAAGCCGAAGGAGUCGAAUGAUAUGCUGCAGGCGUGGAAGGGCGGUGAGCAGAUGCAUGAACUGGCUUUGCCGGAUGAGACGGUGGUGGAGGGUGUAAUAAAGGCUAUGGGGGUGAGCUCCCGCACCACAAGCACACAACUCUACCUCAGCACGCUCUCGCGCCUCGCGCUCCGCCCCGACCUCACCGCCCAUGUCUUUUCCAGCUACGAGCCGCUCUUCCCCGACCUCUGCGCCAGAUGGCGCGACACAACCACAACGGCAGCAGAAAUCGCAUGUGCGUUUGCGCGGGUGUUGCCGCUGGCGCCGUAUCUGGCGGAUGUAGCAGAAGAGUUUCUGGCCCCGGGGUCAAUUGCGCUGGGGGAUGGUCUGGAAGUGCUAUUGGCGCUGUGGAGACUGCUGGUGUUUAGGAGGGAGAGUUUUGUGGGAUUGGUAAAGAUGGAGAGCGUGGCGCCGCUGCUGAAGCAUAAAGAGCCCGCUGUGAGGUAUUUGGCGGUGAGGGUCAUGUGUAUAUUUCUCAAGGCGUCGGACUCGACGAGGGAGAAGAUGUUUGCGCAGUAUGGCGUGGGAAAUGAAGCGGAGGAGAAGGUUAUUGGUGUUUGGGAAGGGAAGGAGAUGGAUUACGGGUUUUUGGUUCUCAUGGAGAACAAACGCCUCGAAAAACUAGCCCAAGAUGUACAAACCGCAAAACUACACACCCUCUCGCAAACCUCAGAGCGCAGAAUAAUCCCCACAGACGCACUCUCACCACUGACCGCCGACAUCUGCGGCAUCCUCACACCCCGCCUCCGCGGGCCUCCCUCAACACCCUCUAAAAUAAUUGAUACCCCAACCACCCGCCACAACAUCCACGCCACGGCCGUCUCCCUGCGCUCCUCCUCCCCAACCCUCAUCACCGGCCCCGCCGGCUCCGGAAAGACCUUCCUCGUCCACCAGAUUGCACACACACUCAACACCCUCAACACCCUAAUCUCAAUCCAUCUCGGCGACCAGACAGACGCAAAGCUGCUGGUGGGCGCAUACACCACCGCCGACACCCCCGGCUCGUUCGAAUGGCGUCCGGGCGUCUUGACGACCGCCGUGAAAGAGGGAAGAUGGGUCCUUGUCGAGGACAUUGACAAAGCGCCGACAGAGGUCCUCUCGGUCCUCCUCCCGCUCAUGGAGCGCGGCGAGCUCGUGAUCCCGAGUCGUGGGGAGACGAUAGUUGCUGCGCGCGGGUUCCGCCUUAUUGCGACGAUGAGGACCGCCGCUAGCACUACUAACAGUACGAAACAAGAUUCACUGCACAUCCUCGGUAGCCGCCUCUGGAACCGUGUGGACUAUAAGCAGCCGGACGAGGCCGAGCUGCAUACAAUCAUCACCGCCCGCUUCCCCGCCCUGACCGCUGUCGCGCCAUCACUCCUGCGCGUCUACAACACCAUCCAGCACCUCUACCGCGAGCCCUCGUUCUUCGCCCUCAGCAAGACAUCCCUCGGCCGCCAGAUCUCGCCAAGGGACCUGAUAAAAUGGGCCACCCGCAUCGACGCCCUCUUUACCUCCACCGGCUCCAACGGCGAAGUCAUCCCCGACGGCCUGUACGACGAGAUCUUCAUGGAGGCCGUCGACUGCUUCGCCGGGUCCCUGCAGACGCUUGACGCCCGCCACCUCGUAGUCCGCAAAAUUGGAGACGAAAUGCUGAUCCCGCCACAGCGCGUGGACCUCUUUCUGAACGGACACAUCCCGGCGUACAGCGCCAGCGACAAGACGCUUGCUAUCGGACGUGCAAGGCUCAAAAAGCGAAGGCGUGGUAAGCGCGCGCAGGCGCAGAAAAGGCCGUUUGCGACGACGAACCAUGCACUGCGGCUGCUGGAACAGGUUGGGGUUGCGGUGCGCGGCGGGGAGCCCGUGUUGCUGGUGGGCGAGACGGGGACGGGGAAGACGACGGUGGUGCAGCAGAUGGCGGAUCUGUUGGGAUAUGGGCUCACGGUGAUGAAUCUGUCGCAGCAGACGGAGAGCGGGGAUCUGCUGGGCGGGUAUAAGCCGGUGGAUGUGCGCACGCUGGCGGUCCCGCUGAAGGAGGUGUUUGAGGAGCUGUUUGAGAAGACGUUCUCGCUGAAGAGGAAUAAGCGCUUCUUGGAGGUGUUGGCGAAGUGUUGGGGAAAACAGCAGUGGAAUAGGGUCAUCACCCUCUGGGGAGAGGCCGUGAAGAUGGCGGACCAGUUUUUUGCCGCGCCGACGCCGGAGGCCCAGGACGGAGAGGACCAGCCAAAGAAGAAGAGGAAGAUAGACUCAAUGGACAAGCCCGCUCUGCAAGCACAAUGGACGCGAUUUGCGAGUGAUGUCGCAACACUAGAGAGACAAAGCUCACAGAUUAGCAAGAGUUUCGCAUUUAGCUUCGUAGAGGGGAGCCUGGUCAAGGCCGCCCGAAACGGCGACUGGGUGCUUCUUGACGAAAUAAAUUUGGCUGCACCAGACACGCUGGAGAGCAUUGCAGACCUACUCAAGGACGGAAAGGACGGCGAUGUCAGGAGCAUCUUGCUCUCGGAGAAGGGUGACGUAGAGAGAGUGAAGGCGCAUCCGGACUUUCGCAUAUUUGCUUGUAUGAAUCCCGCCACCGAUGUUGGGAAACGCGAUCUCCCGAGCGGGCUGCGCAGUAGGUUCACGGAGCUCUAUGUAGUCUCGCCGGACCAAGAUUUGGGGAACCUAUUGGCGAUUGUGAGGGAGUACCUUGGGCCGCUCGUUGCUGGGGAUGAGAGAGCCGUAGCAGACGUUGCGGGGCUCUACAUGGAGGCGAAGAAGCUCUCAGAGGGACAGAGACUCGUGGACGGCGCGAACCAGAGACCGCAUUUCAGCAUGAGGACACUCACGAGGACACUCAGCUACGUGGUUGAGAUUGCGGGGGUCUACGGCCUGCGCAGGAGUCUGUAUGAGGGCUUCUGCAUGAGCUUCCUCACGCUUCUUGACCGCACUUCCGAAGCUGUGCUGCUGCCCGUGAUUGAGAAGUUCAUUCUGGGCAACCAGAGGAACGUUCGGAGUCUCGUCUCGCAGAUCCCGAGGAGGCCUGUCGGCGCAAAUGGAGAGGAGUAUGUGCAGUUUAAGCACUACUGGAUGGCGCGCGGCACCCAAGAGGUCGAGGAACAGCCGCACUAUAUCAUCACGCCCUUUGUCGAGCGGAACAUGCUCAACCUUGUGCGUGCCACGGCUACUCGCCGCUUUCCGGUCCUCAUCCAGGGUCCGACGUCGAGUGGGAAGACGAGUAUGAUUGAGUAUCUCGCGAAACGCACUGGCCACAAGUCCGUCAGGAUUAACAACCACGAGCACACGGAUCUGCAGGAAUACCUGGGGAGCUAUGUCUCGGACAACACGGGCACCCUGCGCUUCCAGGAGGGAAUCUUGGUGGAGGCGCUGCGCAAGGGGUACUGGAUUGUUCUUGACGAGCUCAACUUGGCGCCUACCGAUGAAGUCGUGAGGCCGCACAAGGAGUUUAUGCUCUUUGCGACACAGAACCCGCCGGGUCUAUACGGAGGGCGUAAAGUGCUUAGUAGGGCGUUUAGAAAUCGAUUUUUGGAGCUGCACUUUGACGAUAUUCCCGAGGAGGAGCUGGAGACGAUUCUGCGCGAGAGAUGCGGCAUUGCGCCGAGUUAUUGUGCCAAGAUUGUAAAGGUUUAUAAGGAACUAUCGGUGCUGCGACAAUCAACUAGAUUAUUUGAGCAGAAAAACAGCUUCGCAACGCUGCGUGAUCUAUUCCGAUGGGCAAACCGCGAAGCCGUCGGAUACCAGCAGCUCGCCGACAAUGGGUACAUGCUCCUCGCAGAGCGCGUCCGCAAAGAGGAUGAGAAGCUCGCGGUAAAGAAGGUUCUUGAGGAGGUAAUGCGGGUCAAGAUUGACGAGGCGACACUCUACUCUCCCGAAUCGACGCCAGAGUACCAGCUGGUGAUGAAGCUGGAGAGCGACGUGGUGUGGACAAAGGCGAUGCGGCGGCUGUACUCGCUUGUUGCGCACUCGUUAAGGAAUAAUGAGCCGGUGCUGCUGGUGGGUGAGACGGGGUGCGGGAAGACGACAGUGGUGCAGCUGCUGGCGGAGGCGUUUGGGAAGACGUUGAAUAUUGUGAAUGCACACCAGAAUACGGAGACGGGGGAUAUCAUUGGUGCGCAGAGGCCGAUCAGGAACAGGACGGCGUACACGGCGCAGUUGGUGGAGGAUCUUCUGGCGGUUGUGAGGGAUCACUCGGCGAUAGAACAGUAUGGCGCAGAUGCCGAUUUGCAAAUGUUGCUUGAGGCGUAUUCGAUAUUGGACAAGCAGAGCUUGAACAGCAUUCCAGAGGAUCUCAGGUCCCGAAUUGAGCUCAACCGGAUACGAGUAAAGGCGCUCUUCGAGUGGAGCGACGGUAGUCUUAUCCAGGCCAUGAAGGAAGGGCAGUUCUUCCUGCUCGAUGAAAUCUCACUCGCCGAUGACUCCGUUCUCGAGCGACUUAACAGUGUGUUGGAACCCCAGCGCGGAAUCCUGCUCGCCGAGAAGGGGCCCGAAGGCUCCGCAGUCACCGCCGUCGACGGCUUCCAGUUCCUAGCUACGAUGAACCCCGGCGGCGACUACGGCAAGAAGGAGCUCUCGCCGGCGCUGCGGAAUCGAUUCACUGAGAUCUGGGUCCCCUCCAUGUCGGACUAUGACGAUGUGCUCCAGAUUGUACGCGCGAAGCUAUCGCCGUUUGCGCUGCAGCACGCUGAGGUUAUCGUCAAGUUUGCGCAGUGGUUCUCAGAGACCUAUCAUUUUGCCUCCUCGACCAUCUCGAUCCGUGAUGUUUUGGCAUGGGCGAGGUUCAUCAACAUGUGUGACCCGCACAAUGCCGCAUUCGGGCUGUUGCACGGCGCGGCGCUUGUCUUCAUUGACGGGCUGGGCGCGAACCCGUCUACGGUCCUCAUGUCGACUGCCGCCGAGGACCUGGCCAAGGAGAAGCGCAAGUGCAUCCUGAAGCUGUCGGAGCUUUGCAGCCAUGAUUUGGCGUCCAUCUAUGACCAGCCUUUCAGUAUGGCCCUCGACGACGCCACUCUACGUCUCGGCGGCUUUUCGCUCCCACGCAAGAUCGACUCGGUGGCGGACGUCUCGUUCAAUCUCGAGGCGCCAACAACGGGUGUCAAUGCUAUGCGGGUUGUGCGCGCGAUGCAGCUGCGGAAACCAAUCCUGCUGGAGGGUAGUCCCGGUGUCGGGAAAACUAGUCUAGUCUCGGCCCUCGCAGCGGCGUGCGGAAACCCGCUCACCCGUAUCAAUUUGUCUGAGCAGACGGAUCUCAUGGACCUCUUUGGCUCCGACGUUCCCGUCGAGGGCGGGCAGAGCGGGGAGUUUGCAUGGAGAGACGCACCGUUCCUGCAGGCGAUGCAGAGGGGACAUUGGGUGCUCCUUGAUGAGAUGAACCUGGCAUCGCAGUCGGUUCUGGAGGGGUUGAAUGCGUGCUUAGAUCAUCGUGGAGAGGCCUACAUCUCAGAGCUGGACCGCACCUUCAAAUGCCACCCGGAGUUUUGUGUCUUUGCGGCGCAGAACCCGCAUCAUCAGGGUGGAGGAAGGAAGGGGCUGCCGGCGUCGUUUGUGAAUAGGUUUACGGUGGUCUAUGUUGAUACGCUGAAUCUGGAGGACUUGCAGUUGAUUGCGACGAGACUGUAUCCGGGUAUUCCGCAGGAUGAUGUGGUGAAGGUUAUUACGUUUGUGGUUCUGCUCGACCGUGAGGUCUCGCAGAAACGCAGCUUUGGGAGCCUUGGUGGGCCGUGGGAGUUUAAUUUGAGAGAUACACUACGCUGGCUUGGGCUUCUAUCUACAACAGAGGGGCUUCUCGCUUUUCAGGAUCCUUCAGAGUUUGUGGAUAUUGUCAUCAAGCAGCGGUUCCGGACCGUCGAGGACAGAGCCCGAGUCGACGAGCUAUUCUCUCAAGUCUUUGGUUUCGCACCAGCAAAGCGCCAUCUCUACCACCAGCUCUCCAAAGACCACUUCCAGGUCGGCCAUGCCCUCCUGCCCAGAAACAGCCGCGCCCAGCCAGUCCCAACUCAAAAGACCACACUCCUCAAGCGCAACCUGCGCAUCAUCAAGCUACUGGCAAGUGUGGCUGGCGCCGAACUGGACGAAAUUGCGCUGAACAGCGAUAUUGAUACAACGGAUAUUGUCGGCGGGUUUGAGCAGGUUGACAUCUCGAGGAGUAUUUCGGCCUUGUUCUCAGAGCUCCAGAAAUUCUUGGGUGAGUCGACCAUCCACGCACUUCGCUGGGGAGUCGUCCCCGGGAGUGCGGAGUUGGCGCUCUUUGAUGCCAGUGCCUCAGAGGCUACAUAUAAUAUUGAGAGACUCCACCGCCUGCACACCGCCCUCACGGCCAUCGACCCACCGCCCAGCUCAGAGAUCUCCUACUUCAUCAACCAGUGCGAGCUCCUGAUCUCUCAAGCGCACCAAGCCUCCACCGCCCGCUUCGAGUGGGUCGACGGCAUGCUCAUCCACGCAAUCGAGCAAGGUAAGUGGCUCGUCCUCGACAAUGCUAACCUGUGCAGCCCCUCCGUGCUCGACCGCCUCAACUCGCUGCUCGAGCUCAACGGCUACCUGGUCGUCAAUGAGCACAGCGACAAGAAUGGCGAGCCGAAGAUCGUCCGGCCGCAUGCUAACUUUAGAUUGUUCCUGACCAUGGAUCCCCGCCAUGGGGAGUUGUCCAGGGCCAUGAGGAAUCGUGGGAUAGAGGUGUAUAUAGACGCGGGGGUUAUGGAACCCAUGCCGUUGGCCGCGCAGGAGGAUGAUGUAAGGCGAGUGGAGGAGGCCCGGUGGAUGGCAGAUGCUACCACGACGGAGGCGUGUAUAGCGGUGUAUAGUGACGUUGACAGACUGGCUGCUACUUCUACUACUACUGACAUAGGUUCUUCUGAUGCUGCUGAUGCUGUGUAUGAUGAGCUGCUGCGGGUAGUCUUUGAUCAUUUGCCCCGCGACCAGAUGAGCAUCUUGAAGAGAUGGAAGACACACAUAGCUGCCGACAAGGUGGGCCCCGUCGUGGACGUAGUCAGUAACGUAGAAGACCUGAGUGCGCAUCCGCGUCUGGCGGUGCUGCGUGCGGAGUUCUUGAGAACCGUGGCGGAGGAGUUGAGCCUUGGUCAGAGCUUUGGUGAUGCACAGCCAUUAAACCCCAUCCGUAACACAUCUCUCCUCUCCACCGGCAUAAGAAAGAACAAUGCCUCCUCCUCCUCCGCCAUCACCACCUUAUCGGCGAUCCACGACCUCGCCCGCGAGAUCCUCCACAUCAAGCGCACCGAGGCCGACAUCCUCCAGCGCUCCACAACAACACGUAUGAAAGAAAUGACCUUCCUCGAGAAGUCAGCGUCGAAAUCCAAAGCCUCCUCCGCCAUCUCCUCCGCACAAUCAGCAUCAUCAGGCGUAGUGGGACUCCCGCUAUUCGCCUUUCUCACCACCGUCCGCCGCUCCCUAGAAGCAUGGCUGACGGAAGUGACCAUCGAAACAGACACCAACACCCUCACACGCAUAACAGAGCUCCUCUCCCUAUGGCGUGACAUGGUCGCCCUGAGCAGCACCCACAACCUCAACGAGAGUAUCUUCCACGUGUACCUCUCGCUCCUCGAAUCAUGGAUCCACACCUCCUCGCCCACCCUCCCGCCAGCAAUACUCACCGCCACCGAGCGCGCGCUCGGCGGGUUCCGUGCGCCGCUACGGCUCACCACGGGAUUCGCGAUGGAGGCGUUGUGGGGUGCAUUAAGACCGUCGGUUCCGGCAUCUGUGGGGGCGUGGGAGGCGUAUAACCGCUUGCGCGAGAUUGCGGAUCGGUUUGAUGCGAUUGUUGGAAAGUUGCAAGGUUCGUUUGAGACUGUGGCGGGGCUGAAGAGCUCGUUGAUGGAGGCGCUUACAGCAGUGUUGACGUCGGAAGUUGAAGUUGGGGAGUUGGUGGAGGGGCUGGAGGGCGCGAUUGUGGGGUUGGAGGAGAGGGCGGGGAGGAGUGGCGUUGCGGUGAGGGAGUCACUGUUGAGGAUGGUGUUUGACUAUUUGCUCAAGUUUAAAGCACUGGGCGGGGAAAAAUCGUUUAAUGAUACCUUGACGCUCGGCCAUUUUGCGGGCAGAACUACAGCUAGCUUGUUGGGAUACCAGGGACCGGAGACGACGCUACGAACUGCCUAUAAGCAAGUACUGGAGGAUAUCUACGAAUAUGACUUUACCUCAACAGGCCCUCAAGGCCUACUCCAAGGACGCUUUGCGCUGGAGAUGCUACGCACAGGUCAAGCUGCCAAUAACUCGUUUAUUGGACAGCUCAGUAAACUCAACAUCGAACUCGGGGCACUUUCAAAGCAGUUUACGCAAUUGACUCAGCAGGUGACUAGUGAUCAGCUGUUGCAGCUGAAUAUGCUGCUUCUGUCAAAUACGAAGAAGAUCUUUGAACUCCAUUCCAGAACAUACAAUGAGGAUAAUUUCACAGUGCUCAUUUCUGCGCUUGAGAAGCUAGAGCUUGCACUCAAUGGGGAUUCAAAUUCCUUCGAAGGUCUUGACUUUGCCACGGCAACCUUAGAUGUCGCAUUCAAGUCCGUAAUCGACGAUCAUCUCAUCCACGUGCUCAACUGCCUUUCUACAAUCCCCCAAACCUCUUCAUAUUCAGAAGCCCUCGAACUAUCCGGCAAAGCUUGGACCCACUACGCCCUCGGAUGCUUAAAGCUCUACGUCCCCAAUGUCGUAUUCGACCCCGCGAUGAAGCGCCUCGUCCAGCGCGAGCGCUACCUUAAGCGAAAGACCGAGCUGCACAACAAGACCGCGGCCGAAAAAAUCUUCGAGCUAAGGUUUACCGGCCAGCAAGACAAUGCCCAGAUCCAAAUGCUCGAAAAGCGUCUUGCGGACCUCGGAGAGGAGCCGCCAAACUCGCUGGUUGUGCGCCCGGCAGAGUCGGAGAUGACGCAGCUCCAGGGGGAUAUGAUUAACCUUCUGCAGGUUGUUGUAAACACAAGCCCUCAUGAGCGUUUGCUACCGUCCAUUUUAGAGCGUAGAGCGAAUUAUAGGGAUGAAGAGUCAUUGUUCCAGAAGAACCUGUCGCAAAUCAUUGAGAGGCUGCGUCGCGGAUAUCCGCUUUAUAAGGAUCUGGUGGAUCCUAUCCUUGGCUUCCUGUAUUCCUUGAAGAUGGGUCUAUCGCUUUCUGCCAUGGAGGCAGACGAUUCAAGCCUUGCUAUAACCCUUAUUGAGCCAAGUAUUCCAGAGGUAUUCAAUCAACAGGUACUAGACGAUCGGGAAGAUAUCAAGCUGCUGCGACUGUGGCAGAUUGCAGCCCAUCAGAACAUCGAGGGCUACGAGAACACUAAGCAGACAUCCAACAAGACAGUCCACAGCAUCUUACAAGGUUUUUUCGAAGCCUGGAAAGUCAAGACCCAGAAAGAGCAAGAAGAGGCGGCCGCAAAUGCAAGCUUGUACAGAUACAUGGGCGAAGAAGAAAAUGCUGACGAGACGGAGCUUGCGGCGAUGUUUCCCGCUUACGAAGAUGAAGAGGAGAAAGAGAAGGAAAAGGAAAAGCCCGCUGGUUCUCAGCACCGAGAGCUUGCUUGCCAGAUCGCUCUGUGCCAUUCCGCAAUUCAUCUCAGCACAGGUUUAGAGUCUACAACUCUCUCAUCAUUAAUUCAACGGGGCGUUUCAGCUCUGGUGAAAUCUAUUGGGGAAGAGAGCUCUUUCUGCAUAUCACCAGGAAAGACGGAGGCAUUCUUACCAGCUAUUAUCCUCUCUUUGAAGGAGACAUCACAAUGGAUCAACGGAGUGACCUCCCAAACCUACGACUUCUACACCGAGGAGAACCUAGAACAGGCACGGAAGCUGGUUGUGAUUGUCGAGAAAGCCCACGCGCGGUUAUCAGUUCUAGCCGAAGCAUGGCCAGAGCAUGUCACUAUCCAAGAUGCCAUAGCGGUUUGCCAAGAGAUACUAGACCUCCCCAACUCCACCCCGAUUGCCCAGUCCCUCGUGAAGGUCGAAAAGCUGCACGAGCAUUUGAACGAAUGGCAGGGCGUUGCAAGCUCUGAAUUUUCUGCCGCUGAGCACUUUGAUGCUGUGACGCAACUGAUCAUCAGCUGGCGCCGCAUCGAGCUGUCAGCAUGGCCACGCCUGUUCGAUAUCGAAGACGAAAAGUGCCGCGCAGAGGCGAAUUCGUGGUGGUUCUACGUUUAUGAGAGUGCUAUCGCGAACCCUCUUCAAUUGCUCUCUGAAGGCCCAAACCUCAAAGAGCAUGUUGAGCAACUCCUCACAACCCUAGUCGCUUUCGUAGAGACAUCUUCGAUCGCCCAGUUCCCACAUAGAUUGCAGCUUCUGAAGGCAUUUGAGCAGCAUGCUCUUCGUUUGUCUGAUGAGUUCCCUGCCAUGAAUCUGGUACAGAAGGGACUGCACAACCUCAUCGCGUACUUCUCACAAUAUGCAUCCGAGGCCAAAGAAGCUACGGCAAAGUCUCGAAAGAAGUACCAAAAAUCUAUGAGUGAUGUCGUCUUGCUUGCCAGCUGGAAGGAUACAAACAUUCUAGCGCUUCGUGAUAGUGCCAAACGCUCGCAUAAGAAGCUUUUCAGAGUUGUUAAAGGAUACCGCCAGGCAAUCAAUCAACCCAUGGCUCCGAUUAUUUUGGCCGGCAUGCCCGAAGGCUCUGCCGAAAACUCUUCAACAAACGGAGCAUUGCCAGAGCCUACUAAUGAAAUGUCUAUCGAUUUCGAAUUGAUCAAGGGAAUCUACGAGAACUCCGUCAAAAAAUGGACCGAGAGGCCAGCACGUCUUCAAGAUCUCCCAGCAGCAGUACAGAUGAUGAAACGCGUUGCAAAGAUCCCCGAAGACCGGGCCGAGACGAUCAACUUUAUCGAAGACUUUUCAUCUUCAAUCAUCUCGACAAUGAAGCAACUUCAAUCAGAGACUCCAGGAACCCUGAACGAUGAAACCAAGGAUAUUGCCAAGCAUCUCAAGACUAGGAAACGAAAGGCCUUUGCAGAUGCUCUGAAGGAGCUCAAGAACAUGGGUCUUAAAUCAAACCUGAGUGCUGCCCUACUAGGCAAGCAAGCAACCCUUGAGCGUAUCCUGGCUAUAGCCGACCCUCUUGAAAACAGCCAAACUGGCGUCCAGGGUCACUCUGAAAAUCAUUAUUUCCUUCGCAUCGCGGAGAUUUUACCAAAGAUCCGAAAAGCAGUUGUAGAGCAUUCACCAGACUUGACCAGCGCAGAAGUCGCAAGAAGUGUGGGGUUCAUCGAAAACUUACUUUCCCUGUCACUCGACCAGCGUUCUUCAAUCUCGUCUUCACUGAAAGAACUUGAGCUAGCGCAAUCCUCAAUGGCCAGAUACAAUACACUCUCGAACCUGGAAAUUGAUAGUGCUAGCUUGUAUGGAAACAAGGAUCUUCAAUCUUAUGCCGACCUCCAGAGACGAUUCCAAUGGGUUCCAAAGAUAUUGGACUUAGCAGCCGAACUACUGAAAAUUCACUCCGAGUUCAGCGACAAGACAUUCGAAACAGCGAAUGAGCUCAUUAGUAGUUCUCAAAAAUCUGCCACCGGGGUCAAUGAUCGAUUUUCCGCCCAAAAGCAGCUUCUCAUUCACAGUGGAAUAUGGGAAGAUUCUGCGAAACGUUUGCUUGAAGAAGCCCAAUCAACACUUAGCCUCAUUGAGGGUAGCAUGAAGACCAUAGGAAACGACUACCCAGAGAUUGCAUAUACCACAACUCAAGUAUUGCCAUGGGUUUCUCUUACCGCCUCGGAAUUCCAACCGCAAACCAAUGGCGCAGUAUCUGAACCUGCGACACUUCAAGCUCUGGAUGCGUCACUCAAGACACUCUCCGACUCGAUCUUUGUUGCCCUCCAGCAGCUCAAAGAGGCUCAAGCAACGUAUCCUCCCUCGAUCGAAGAACCUGGAUGGCUCCUUCAGCAUCAAUCCGCAAGCUCAGCCAGCCUGAAAGCCCUGCACACAAGCGCCAUUACACGCAGGAUUGACGAUGUCAUUGCCCUUACUUCCCGGUUACAGCAGUCUGAUCUUUCGAACUCGCAAGCUGUUCGUGCACUUUUCGCGGCCUAUCAGCCCAUCAUACAAGAGUACACUGAAAUCUCUUGCAGGACAGUCCGGGAAGCGCUUUCACAGUAUCGCUCUAUCUGCAAGACUACUUAUAUCCUGAGUACUUCUGCAUCAACACUGAUCUCGAAGGGCUUCUGUAUGCCCCAAGAAAAGGGCGAUCCUGAAGGCGGUAACACAGAUAAUGUCGAAGGCGGAACUGGUCUCGGAGAAGGUGAAGGUCAAGAUGAUAUCAGCAAAGACAUUAAAGCGGAUGAGGAUCUUUCUGAGUUGGCACAGGAGAAGGACAAAGAGAAGAGAGACGAGGAAAUUGAGGAUGAGAAGGAUGCAGUUGACAUCGAAGAUGAAAUGGAGGGAGAAAUUGGGGAUAUUGCAGAUAAGGAGGAUGACGAAAAGGGCUCGGGCGACGAGAAAGAAGAUGAUGAUAUGGACGAAGAAACCGGUGAUGUAGAUGACUUAGAUCCUGACGCCGUUGACGAAAAGCUCUGGGAUGGAGAGGCCGAUGAUGAUGCCCGUGACAAGGAAGGAGAUGGCAUGAAAGACCAGCAGAAACAAGGAGAAGAUAUGGAAGCAAAGAAAGAGAACGGAAAGGAGAAACAAGGGGAGGAAAUGGAGAGCAAAGAAGACGAGGAUGGUGAAGAAAGUGAAGGCGAAGGCGCAGAUCAGGAAGAUGAUGUCCGGCAGCAAGACGAUAACGAAAAGACAGAUGCCCAUGUGCCAGAGGUCGACACACUUGAUCUGCCAGAAGACAUGGAGCUAGACGGUGAUGAAAAGAGCGGAGGGGAAGAAGAGGAGGAUGAUAUGAAGAUGGAUGAUCUCUCAGACGUUGACGAUGAAGGGGAGGAAGUGAAACAAGAUGACAAGGGUGAUAAACAAGACAGCUUCCCUGACCUUGACGAUCCCGAGAAACAAGGAGAAGAGGGAGAGCCAGAAACUGAGAACCAGGAGGAGGGUCAAGAAAAUGAGGGCGAGGAGAAUGGUGAAGGAGAAAAGAAUGAUGAGGAGCCAGAGGAAGAAAACAAGGAGGAAGGAGCUGAUGAGCCAGAACCCGACAGUCUCUUGACGAUCCGCGACGAACAAGACGCAAAAGAGGGCGAAGACACUGCUCCUAGCGACUUACAAGGCGUUGAAGGAGGCAAUGAUGAUCAAGAUGCCAACGAACAAACCUCAGCCCAAAGGGAAAGCGGCGAGGAUGCAAAGUCCGGCGAAAAUGGUAAAGGAGCAGAUGAAGCCCAGGCACAGGAAGAGACCACUGGACAAGCUUCGGCACAAGAGUCUGAACGUCCUGAUGAAAAAUCCAACAAAAAGGAUGAACAGACUGAAGCGGAGUCGUCGUUCCGUAAAGUUGGUGACAUGCUCGAGAAGUGGCACCAACAGCGCCGCCAAAUCCUCAACGCUAAAGAAGAAGAUGAGGAGCGCCCUCAGGUUGAGAAUAUGGAAAUUGAUGCUCCCGAAUUUGAACAUUUGCCCAACGAUGAUACGAAAGCUGAUACACAGGCUCUUGGUGCUACAACGGAAGAACAAGCUCACUCUUUAGACGAGUCCAUGGCGAUCGAUUCUGGUGCUCAAGAAGCCCAAGACGCAUUUGAAGACAUGGAGCCAGAGGCAGCAGAGGAUCCAGAUGCAAAGGAUGGCGAAGACAAUGAAGCCCUUCCUGAAGCCCAACAACCAGCAAGCGAUGAGCCGGAAACCCAAGCUGGUGCAAUGAUUGGUGAAACCAGAGAGCAACGUGCCCAACGCCAGCAGAAAACUGAAGAGACUAUGGAUCUCGACGAAGUUGAAGAAACGCCUGAAACUGCUCAUGUCAUUGACAUUAACCAAGAAUCGGCACUUACUGAAUUCGGCUCAACCCGUUCAAGAGAGGAAGCACGUCAACUAUGGCAACAGUACGAACAGUCAACUAAAGCUCUGUCUAUGGGUCUUUGCGAGCAACUUCGUCUCAUCCUUGAGCCAACCCUUGCAACCAAGAUGCGUGGCGACUUCAGAACUGGAAAGCGUCUCAACAUGAAGCGUAUCAUCCCAUACAUUGCGAGUCAGUACAAGAAGGACAAAAUCUGGAUGCGUAGGACAAAGCCAAGCAAACGCCAGUACCAAGUCAUGAUCGCUGUAGAUGAUUCCAAGUCAAUGGCAGAAUCAGAAUCAGUGGCACUUGCAUUUGAGACUGUGGCCUUGGUUGCAAAAGCACUUAGUCAGCUAGAGGUCGGGCAGAUAUCAAUUGUUUCUUUUGGAGAAACGACCCGUCUCAUCCAUCCAUUCGACCAACCGUUUACUUCAGAGGCCGGUGUGAAGGUCUUCGAGCGCUUCCAGUUUGACCAGUUGAAGACAAACGUCAGAACCCUCCUUGAUACCUCUAUGGGAAUCUUUGAAACCGCAAAAGUCAAUUCCAGUGCGGAUCUAUGGCAGCUAGAGAUCAUCAUUUCCGAUGGUGUUUGCGAAGACCACGAGACACUGAAACGCCUGGUUCGGAGAGCGCAGGAGGAGAAGAUCAUGAUUGUGUUCGUCAUCUUGGACUCUGUCAGAGAUAAGAGUAUCCUACACAUGAAGCAAGUCAGGUUCGAGAUGGGCGCAGACGGCACACAGGAGUUGAAGAUGGAGAGAUAUCUAGAUACUUUCCCGUUCGGGUUCUAUCUUGUGGUGAACGAUAUCAGAGAGUUGCCGGGAGUGCUUGCGUUGGCUUUGAGGCAGUGGUUCGCGGAGGUUGCGGAUGCGGGGAUGUGA